AUGAAGUUCCUUGCAAUCUUAGCAUUAUUGAUAACGGCAACGUCACUAACAAUCGACGCAAGACCAACCGGAAAAUCUAAACAAAUGACUAUUUCAAUAAAGAAGGAUGAAUUACCAAGUUCCUUCACGUGGAAACAAAAACAAACGAUUCACAUGAAUCGGGCUUUGUUAAAAUAUUCGAAAAAUAUCCGCGCAGCAUACAGUAAAGGUCUCGUCGGUCAAGAGACGAUCCAAAAAUUAGAAGCGGCAUCUAUUCCAGUGUCCACCGGUGAUACCACUAUCAAUAAUAGUAAUUCGACUGACUCUGUAACUGCUCUAGCAACUUCAGUAAAUAAUCCAUUAAGCGAUCAAGGCAAUGAUAUUGGUUAUUUUGGUCCAAUCCAGGUUGGUGGUCAGACUUUCAAUACUAUCUUUGACACUGGCUCUUCGGAUCUUUGGGUUCCAGAUCAAAAUUGUACUGAUCCAGCAUGCAGUAUUCAUACAAAAUUCGAUAAAACAAAGAGUCAAUCGUUUGAUAGUAAUAAUAAUGUUCCGUUUGCUAUCCAAUAUGGUACUGGUUCUGUUUCCGGAGUAAGUGCUCUGGAUACUAUUUCUAUCGCUGGUGCUGUAGCUAACAAACAAGUUUUCGGUUUAACUCAAAAAAUGUCUAAUGAAUUCGCGAAUACUCCAUUUGAUGGAAUUCUCGGAAUGGGAUUAGAUCAAUUGAGUGCACAAAAGGCCAAAACUCCAUUCACUCAAUUAGUAGAACAAAAGGCUGUACCGAAUUCAGUUUUCGGUUUUUUCCUUGGUCGCAAGAAAGAUGGAACCGACACUCAAAGUCAACUCACUCUUGGUGAUGUUGACUCUACUAAAUUCAGUGGUAAUAUCAAUUUUAAUAAGCUCGUAAGUAAUACCGGAUUCUGGGAAAUUGCUAUGGAUGAUGCUGCGGUGAAUGGAUCGUCACUUGGCUUCAAGUCAAAAACUGCAAUUAUCGACACUGGAACGACUCUUAUUGUCACACCUGACGCAGCAGCAAUUCACAAUCAAAUUCCAGGUGCAGUCGAUCAAGAUGGCCAAUUCUUCGUUCCUUGCAAUACUACAGCUAUCGUAUCACUCGCAUUUGGUGGUGCCAGUUUCGAUAUAUCAUCUAAAGAUUUAGCUCGCGACCCUAUUGGCCAACAGAAUCUUUGUACUUCGGGAAUCGCUCUUGGUCAAAUCGGUGGUCCUGAUCAAUGGUUGGUUGGUGAUACUUUCCUCAAAAACGUUUAUUCUGCAUACGAUACUGUGAAACUUGCAGUUGGAUUUGCCCCAGCAAAGCAAAAAUUGUAA